AUGGGGAAAACGCAAAUAUGGGGAAAACGCAAAUAUGGGGAAAACGCAAAUAUGGGGAAAACGCAAAUAUGGGGAAAACGCAAAUAUGGGAAAACGCAAAUAUGGGGAAAACGCAAAUAUGGGGAAAACGCAAAUAUGGGGAAAACGCAAAUAUGGGGAAAACGCAAAUACGGGGAAAACGCAAAUACGGGGAAAACGCAAAUACGGGGAAAACGCAAAUAUGGGGAAAACGCAAAUAUAGGGAAAACGCAAAUAUGGGGAAAACGCAAAUAUGGGGAAAACGCAAAUAUGGGGAAAACGCAAAUAUGGGGAAAACGCAAAUAUGGGGAAAACGCAAAUAUGGGGAAAACGCAAAUAUGGGGAAAACGCAAAUAUGGGGAAAACGCAAAUAUGGGGAAAACGGAAAUACGGGGAAAACGGAAAUAUGGGGAAAACGGAAAUAUGGGAAAAACGGAAAUAUGGGAAAAACGCAAAUAUGGGAAAAACGCAAAUAUGGGAAAAACGCAAAUAUGGGAAAAACGGAAAUAUGGGAAAAAAUGCAAAUAUGGGAAAACCGCAAAUAUGGGAAAAACGCAAACAUGGGAAAAACGCAAACAUGGGAAAAUCGCAAAUAUGGGAAAAACGCAAAAAUGGGAAAAACGCAAAUAUGGGAAAAACGCAAAUAUGGGAAAAACGCAAAUAUGGGAAAAACGCAAAUAUGGGAAAAACCCAAAUAUGGUUAAAACGCAAAUAUGGGAAAAACCCAAAUAUGGGAAAAACCAAAAUAUGGCUAAAUGCAAAUAUGGCAAAAACGCAAAUGUGGCAAAUUCGCUAAUGUGGCAAAAUCGCAAAUAA